AUGAUUAUAUUCAUGUUACUGUUAUGCCAAGCAACCCUUGGUUUAUACAUAGGAAGGCCGCUUUCGAACAUUAAUUUCGGUUCGAUUAGAAAAGACGUACCUAGCCAUUUCUUUCAUUCGCAUUUGGGAAACGCCAAAGAUGUCCCAAUUUUCGUUGUUGAAUCUAUAACAUCACCUGUUAUCACGCGUAUAACAAGGAGUGAGAAGAUUGUGACGGCGUUUGUGGACCCUAGGGAUGCCAUCGAUUAUCUCACUGAACUCACACAGGCAGGUUCAGCAGUUGAAUACGAGCUCCCCAGUUUACGCAUAAGAAUACUUACUCUGCAAGAGUUGUUUGAAAAGAUUGAUCCGACGAAGCCCAGGAUAUCGUCUCAUAUAAAAUAUAAGCUAGUACCCAGCUCAAGUCAAUUACCUCUGGCGAGCUUGUAUCUGCCUCUUAGUUAUAAGAACGAUGUACACAUCCCUCUUUUUUAUUCCAAGGCAUUGAAUAUUUCUCCAACAGAAGGGAAGGUAUUGACUCCAUUGUUUUGGGAUUUUGCUGAUCUCACAGCGUCUAUAAACAUGAUAAGUGAUUUACAACACCGUGAAGCUUUGAUAAAGUCGAUUGGAAUUUUGUCGUUGUUCGACAUCCUUUUGGAAAAUCCACGUUUAGACGGUUAUUACAUGGUACCAAGUCUGCAGGCUUUGCAAUUUUGUCAAAAGGAAAAGAACAAAACUCUGUUCACGUUUUGA